AUGGCGAUAACCGUAUUUGAAGCUUGCAAGAAAAGAAAACGAACUCCAAAGAAGAUCAUCUGCACUUCUCGCUUCUCCUCCAUCGAUGAUUCCAGUAUGGACUUUUCCCGUUCUUUUCGCGACAACAUCAAAGAGUUUCUAAAACGGUGCUCAGACUCUGAAGAUUAUAAACUUGGUGGAACCAAUCCUGUUUGGUGCACUUUACUUGUCAAUGAAUCAAGCGGCGUAGUUUUCCCUCUGUACAUCGUCGAAGAAUUCAUCAAUAACUCUUCCUCUUCUCAGCAUCAGCCUCUCUGCGACUUCUGUAGAUUCGUUGGAUGGAGUCACCAUUUUGUUUCUAAAAGAAACUAUCAUCUAAUAGUUCCUGAUGAUGAUAAAUGGAACAAGCCUUUAAAGAAAGAUUCACUUAAGCAAGAAAACCAUUUAUUACACGGUGUUAUUCACUGCAAUGGUUUUGGUCAUUUGCUCUGCAUCGAGAUUGAAUCUAAUUCAAAUUAUCUCAACGGAGAAGACCUCAUGAGCCUCUGGGAUCAUCUCUGUGCAUGUCUCAAAACCCGUGACAUUUCAGUGCAUGAUUUGUCAAAGAAGGGAUCUAUGGACUUGAGAUUGCUUAAUGGAGUUGCAUAUGGGCGUUCUUGGUUUGGUAAAUGGGGCUAUAAGCUAUGUCGUGGAAGUUUUGGAGUUAGAAAGCACGAAUACAAUAGAGCUAUUGAAAUUCUUAGUUCAUUAGAGCUUAGUAAGAUUACUACUGAUUUUAGUAAAAGAAAACAAGGAAAAUUGAUUGGACAAAUUGUUCAAACUUAUAGUGAUAUUAGUGAGACCCAGUUGGUUACUAUUAGUGACUUGCUUUAUUUUAUGCUUGCUUUCGAGUCUAAACCUCUUAUUCAAAGGAAAACAGCCCUUGCAUUGGCUUCAUUUUCAUCCAAAUCAUCAAGAGAUCAAACAACCAAUCAACCCAAAGCUUCUUUGCCCAGCUAUCCAAGUGAUUAUAAGUCACUUGCUUCUUUUGUUGCUAAACUGGAUGCCAGAUGGCCUGAAAGAAGACUUGAGCGGGUAGUGGAAGUGAUUUUUCAAAUUUUGCAAAUACAUGGAGCUAGGAUGCUUCGCCAAGACUUAAGAGACGCAGUUAGACAACAUAUUGGUGACACUGGUUUGAUUGAUUUUGUUCUUAAGCAUAUUGAUAAGGUUAUUGUGGGAAAUCAAGUUAUUGUUCGUGCAAACAAGCCAGUUAGCAAGUUGUUAGAAUUUUCACUUGAAGAUAUUUCUGAUGGAGCUACACUCGAAAAGAAAGCACAAUCACACACUGAUAUUUCAACUUUAAAACUAGGACUAAAUGUUCGAAAAGAUUUACUCUUCUUGUACAAGAAUGUUUUAUUGGGCUACCCUGAUUAUCAUGCUGUUGCUAUAGCUGCUAGAGUGAUCUUAGACUGUAAGCAUUUUUUUAAGGAGUGGCAAUAUAAGAGCAGUAAUGAGGAUGCAUUACUGACGCUAAUUUGCCAGGUAAGGCCAAGUUAUGAUGAAUUGGCAAAUGAGCUAACUUGGCCACUGCCACCAGGUGAACCAGUGAUGGCUCCGGAAUGUGCAACAGUUUUUGAGCUUAAAUUGACAGUGCAAUGUGCAUUAAGGGACACAUAUUGUGUAAUGGACAAUUUUGUAGUCAAUGAUAUAGAAAUUGGGGGAUUAGUGGCAAGAGAGGAGGGCCAAGAUUUGCUCAAGUGUGGGCUGGAGGAUGGUAUGAAGGUUUGGGUGAGGGGGUCUGGUCUGGACUUAGAUACAAAGUUGAGAUAUCAGGGUGGGGAUAAUGAUUGGACUGUGGAUUGUAAGUGUGGGGCAAAGGAUGAUGAUGGGGAAAGAAUGGUGGCCUGUGAUGCUUGCCAUGUUUGGCAGCAUACUAGGUGUAACAGCAUUAAGGAUGAUGCUUCUCCUCCUACUUUGUUUCUAUGUCGUAUGUGUAAUUGCAGGAUGAAGAAGUCGUCUGCAAGAUGCAUAUCCGCCGAGAAAAACAGAUUUGGCAGGAGGCAUGAUAUUGGGCCUCAAUGAUUCCCAUCUUGUGUUUCAUGCAGCAGAUUUUAUUCGCUCCUUCAAAGACGGCUCUUAUAGCAUUUUAAAACUUUGAACAGUUUAAUGUAUCACAAUUUUAUUAACAGGUGUCUGCAGGUUCUAUCUGAGAUCCUGCAAGAUCUCAGGUUAUAGGAUGCUAAUUUAUUUAAAAAGCUUUGGCACGAAUGCCCGUUGUUAUAUUUGUUUAUAGAAGCAGUUUGUAU